CUAAAGUAGCCGACCGCAUAAUAUUUUCGUAUAUAUAGUCGGUAUUGACUGUAUUGGCAGAGUAACCAAGGUCAAUAGGAAACUCUCAUUUUUUUCACUUAAAGUGUUCUUUUGCAUUUUAUUUUUAUUUUAUUUUUAUUCAACUUUUUAUUACUCACAUCAGGGCUAUCGUGAGACUGCAUUACACUAAAAGUACUUCUUGUAACAAUUGAUAAUUCAUUAGCAUGACAAAGUCAAUUCUUCAAAGAUUUGGUGGAUUACUUGAACCUACCAACUUAUAUAUUGUUUCUGUGAUAGCUUAUUCAUCCAGCAAUCGUCCAGAAAAUAUUGGAGGAAUUGCAAAAGAGGCCGUUGAAGAGGUAGGCCCUUCAAUCUUUGCAAAAUUACGCGAAGCUUUGGUAAAAUCCGCUCCAUUAGUGGGAUUUCCUAGAACCAUCAAUUCACUGCGAGAAUUGGCUCAAAAUUCCCCGAAAGCGUUUCCAAACGAUUUUAGUCGAGCCUCUGAUGAACAAGUAAAUACCUCUGUUCGUGGAAAAUUAUAUUUCGAAAAGACUUAUGGCAAGGUGACAGAUCGAGUUCUCAACUCCAUGCAGUCUUCUUCUUCGGACUUGGCCCAUAUCGCUAUCGACUAUGCCUAUGGAAAAGUACUUUCAUUUAACGAAAUCAUCACUCCCCUAGAAACAAGUUUAGUUAUCAUCGCUUCUCUUGUUCCACAAGAUGUGAAUCCCCAGCUUCGUGGCCAUCUGAAGGGUGCUCUGAAUCAUGGUGCUACGAAAGAACAAGUAAUGGGCGCACGAAAUAUCUCUAUACAGAUUGCAAAGGAUUGCGGGAUUACUUUUCGUGGAGAUGUAGAAUCACUUUAAAUUCGAGCCGAAAUUUCCAUGCUCGCCCCUUGUGGAAUGAACUAUUUAUACUUUGAUUUCAUGAAUACCAAGUUCCAGACUAUUUAUCUAAUGUAUAUGUAUAUAAAUAAAUCAACAAGGUUACUUGUCUAAUCGUUUCUAUCAACCUUUAGAUCAUCAUUGACAUGAAGGUAUCGCAAAUCCCUUCGUUCUGAAGUGGAAGACCAAAAUUUUGAAUGACGAUUUCUACUGGUAUGUCUCACUUGUUAUGCUAUGCUAUUGCUUAAAUGGCUUUUAUGAGUCCUUGGAUUACUUGGUUUCGUCUUAUAGAGUACAUUGUAAGAUAUGCGUAGCCUGUUAAAACCAUCGUCUACUUUUAGCAAACAAGAUAUACUGAUCAUUUUGUUUCUUUCAUAAAAUUGAUAAAUAAAUUAAUGCUUUUUACUAAUUGUCGUAUAUUUACCUGAG